UCUUCCCGAAUCGUCUCGCCUUUUCUCGUCGACUGUUUUCGCCGGAGAAUCUCUCAGUAAUGGCUAGGUCACCGAGCAAACACGGCCGCGAUCAAACUCAGGAUUUCCAGGGAUUUUUGAAUGACUUGCAGGAUUGGGAACUUUCAUUGAAGGAUAAAGACAAGAAAAUCAAGCAGAAUUUGUCAAAUCCGACUAGUGAGAAAUUCAGACCGAGUGGUUCAGGGCAGUAUGACUUUGUUAAAAAGUAUGGUCCGAUGAGUGGAUUGUCGAGUAGUUUCGCUGAUGACGAAAGUCCUUUGGAUGCUAAUUCAGAGAAGGAACAGGGGAAUGAAUAUUUCAAGCAGAAGAAGUUCAAUGAGGCCAUCGAUUGUUACUCACGGAGCAUUGCUUUAUCGCCAAAUGCUGUGGCUUUUGCGAAUCGGGCAAUGGCUUAUCUUAAAAUCAAAAGAUAUCGAGAGGCUGAGAUAGACUGCACAGAAGCGUUGAAUCUAGAUGAUCGAUACACGAAAGCAUACUCACGCCGAGCAACAGCAAGAAAGGCGCUCGGCAUGGUUAAAGAAGCUAUGGAAGAUGCCGAGUUUGCUUUAAGGUUAGAGCCUCAGAGCCAAGAACUUCAGAAGCAAUAUGCCGACAUCAAAUCUUUGCUCGAGAAAGAAAUCAUUGAGAAAGCCUCUGGAGCAAUGCAAAGCACUGCACAAGAACUGCUGAAAACAGCUGGGUUAGAUAAGAAAGCUAAAAUCCCAAAUACAGAUACAAAAAAACCGGUGACCCUAGUGGCCAAAACAAACGGGGAUAUGGUUCGGCCUGUUUCACGUAGCAAUGAAAGUUCAGGGAAGAAGCUCAUUGAAAGCGUAGAUCCUGAGGAGAAACAUAAAGAAGGUUCCAAGAAAAUUUCAGCUAUCACUGAAAAUGUAGAUAAUAAGAAAGUGACACCUAUAAGCCAAAGUUAUGAAAAGGAAGCAAAGUCUUCUGGCGGAAAUGUUACUCAGCCUUCUGAACAGGUAAACCAAGUCUCUACAAAGCUGGAACUCAAGCCAUCAGUCCAAGAGCUUGCUACUCGUGCAGCUUCACUUGCAAUGUCUGAAGUUACUAAAAACAUCAAAGCCCCAAAAUCUGCUUACGAAUUUGAAAAUACUUGGCGGAGUUUCUCUGGCGACCGCGCAUUACAAAAGCAAUUGUUGAAGGUUAUGACUCCGAGCUCUCUACCUCAGAUUUUCAAGAACGCCUUAACGUCUCCGGUGCUGGUUGACAUAAUCAAAUGUGUAGCCUCGAUUUUCACUGAAGACAUGGAUUUGGCUGUUAAAUACAUUGAGAACCUAACAAAGGUUCCGAGAUUUAACAUGCUCGUCAUGUGCCUUACUUCAACCGAGAAAAAUGAGCUUUUGAAGAUAUGGGAGGAUGUUUUCUGCAGUAAAGCAACUCCAAUGGAAUAUGCAGAAGUAUUAGACAAACUGAGACUGAAAUACUGCCUGAAACAGUAACUUAGGAGAUGGCUCCUUUUAGCAGCAUACAUGGUGAAGAUUUUGCAUACCCAUUAAGCAUAUUUGUCUAUUAUACUUGCGGUCCAGACAGAUACCGGUUUAAUUGGAACUUAGAAUAGAAACAAUGGGAUUUCUAUUUCCAACGAUGAGAUGGAAAAGAAGAAUCAUGUUCUUAUGGAAUCGGAUCUUUCUACUUUAGGAUAUAAUCUCACAAAGUCUGCUAUUUGAAGCAAAUCAGAGGCAAGAAUUUCGACCAAUCGUAUCGUUAUCG